UUUCAUUCGAUCUCUCUUUCAUUUGGCUUUUGAAGUAUUUAGACGCAGUUUCUCGCGGUCACCUAUGUUAAAAUUUGAUCCCUUAUCUGCCCAUAUUCGUAUUUCCGCGAACUAAACCCGCCAUCCCAGUUAAGUUCCAUGUUUCGUGAAAAGUCUCCCGAUUCGAUAUUUAUAGUGAAAAUCGAGGAAUCUUGGAUACCAUCGAAUAGGCUAUAAUCAAACACCGUUCGAAUAUGAUGAAGAAUUACUUCAAUUCUCAGAGGUUUUCCUCUAUAACAGUCGAGCCAUCUUACGCUCUCUUCUACUUCAUCGAACACUGCUGUUCUUUCUUCCACGAGAAUCUCCUACUGCAGAAAGCAUGUCGUAAUAAUGCGACUCACGAACCAGAUUUGACGACAGCUUGCGACGAUGAACCACGAGGUAUCGCAUUCGUAGCCUACACACAUUCCAUUCUCAACCUACCCAAUACCCCUUUGAUGAUCUUAGUGGCUACUUUUAUGAUUAAAUGGAGUGAUCGAGCUGGAAAGCUACGGAAACCUAUUAUCUUAUUGCCCCUGAUUGGUAUCAUGGUUGAAGUCAUUUGCGCCAGUUUGCAUUCGUAUUUUUGGACCUGGCCUAUCAUAGCUGUCGUCCUGACUCGUAACUUUGCCAAAACCAUGAGCGGCGGUAUUAUUUUAUUUCAUUCUUCGGCGUCUUUAUUUGUGACCGAUAAUAGCGAUGAAAAAAGUCGAAUGACUAGGAUCGGUAUGCUAUCUUUGAUACCGCAUUUUGGCAUCCCGUUGAGCAGUUUGGUGUCUGGAUACCUUCUGAGGACAUUUGGAUUCAUCUAUUGCUACCUUAUGUGCUUAGUACUGAGUAUUAUUUCGUUCGUAUUGGGUGUUAUUUUAAUCAAAGAUACUCCUGUACCGGUAACCGAACCAGUUAAAAUUUGUAACAUAAUGAAUCCUCUCCAAAUACUCGGCACCGUUAAGGUUUUAUUCAAAAAGCGAGCUGGUCGAAAGAGGAUGAUCCUUUUAUUGCUGAUUUUCGCCAAAAUGGUCGUCAAUUUCUCAAUUACUGGUGAACACGCGGUAUUCUAUUUAUAUACGAGGCAUCGAUUCCAUUGGAAUGAAGUACAGUACAGUAUGUUUACUGCUUACAGACACGUAGGAUUGAUUUUCGGUACCACUAUCAGCCUGUUUGUGGCCACUAAAGUAUUUAAAUUACACGAUGCUCUGAUUGGUUGUAUCGCUUGUGGUUGGAAUGCUAUCGGGGCUCUGUGUUAUUUCCUCGCCCAUAAAAAUUGGCAUUUUUACGUCGUUCCAUGGAUUGAAAUGUUCCACAGCGUAAGCAAGGUGUCCGGGAAAUCAUUGAUGACCAAAGUUGUGGAUCAUAAUGAAUUAGGAGACUUAUUCUCAUCAAUGAUGAUCCUAAAUACGAUGGUACCAUUGAACAAACUUUUUUAUAGUUUACUUUUCAAGGAACACAUGGACACACUUCCCAACAUAUUUUUCCUAAUUAGCAUUGUUCUGGGCCUUAUUGGAAUGGUUACAUAUUACUUCAGUUAUAGGUAUAGUAAAAGUGGAUACUCACGGAUGAAAUGAAACUCGAGCAUAUUGGUGUAGUCGGAGCAAGGAAGAAAAAUACAAAUAGUAUUAUUUACCUAUUUUAUUGAAUCGGAUUAACGAAAUCGUACGAUUUAACACGACGUGAGAAUAACUACUCGAAUGAUAAUCAGUAUAGAUAAUCAAAAUCACCAUUCCAUCGUUACUUUUGGUGCUUUUUAAACAAAAAGGUGUUGAGUUUUGCUAAUUUCAAUCUCUGAAUGUUUACUAAAAUAGGUAGUGAGGGUACCUUAAGAGAUUAAUUUUUUAUACUACGUUUAUACUUAUUCACUUUGUACAAAUUACUCAUUAUGUGACGCUUUAUUUGAAAAUAAAAUAUGAUUUUUGACACCUUCA